AGUGGGAAGGGGGUUCUGGAAGGACAGCUCCCAAACCCCUUGGUGAACCCAAAGAUUUCCUCCACCCUCCUCCCCACUUCUCCCCUUUCUUCAUUGAAAGCCGUUUCCAGGGAGGAAGGGACUUCCGGAGCUCUACCGGAACCGGAAGCAUCGGGAGUGAGGGGGGAGGAGCUGAAAAAUCAAAAAAAGCGCGGCGAAGGCUGGAGGCCGGAGCUGGCUGGUGGCGGCCCCCAGGAGGGGUUGUGGAGGAUGCCAAUGGACUCCACUGCCUGCUUGAAGUCUUUGCUCCUGACCAUCAGUCAGUACAAAGCCGUUAAGUCGGAGGCGAAUGCCACCCAGCUUUUGCGGCACUUGGAGGUAAUUUCUGGGCAGAAACUCACACGAUUGUUUACACCAAAUCAGAUAUUACCAAGUGAAUGCUUGAGUUGCCUUGUGGAGCUACUUGAAGACCCAAGCAUAAGUGCACCACUGGUCUUAAGUAUCAUCAGCUUGCUAUCUCAACUAGCUGUAGACAAUGAAACCAGAGACUGUCUUCAGAAUACAUAUAACCUGAAUAGCGUACUGGCAGGAGUGGUUUGUCGGAGCAGCACUUGCCAUAGUGAUUCGGUGUUUUUGCAGUGCAUUCAGCUUCUGCAGAGAUUAACAUACAACGUCAAAAUUUUCCAUUCUGGUGCCAAUAUAGAUGAAUUAAUUACCUUCCUGAUAGAUCAUAUUCAGUCUUCUGAAGAUGAGUUAACAAUGCCUUGUCUAGGAUUACUGGCAAAUCUUUGUCGACAGAAUCUUUCUGUUCAAACAUACAUAAAGACUUUGAAUAAUGUGAAAUCUUUUUAUCGAACUCUUAUAAGUUUCCUGGCCCAUAGUAGUUUAACUGUGGUUGUGUUUGCACUUUCAAUAUUAUCCAGUUUGACAUUAAAUGAAGAGGUUGGGGAAAAGCUGUUCCAUGCUCGAAACAUUCAUCAGACUUUUCAGCUAAUAUUUAAUAUACUCAUAAAUGGUGAUGGCACAUUAACUAGGAAGUAUUCAGUUGAUCUACUGAUGGAUCUCCUUAAGAAUCCUAAAAUUGCUGAUUAUCUUACCAGGUAUGAGCAUUUUUCUUCAUGUCUCAAUCAAGUACUAGGUCUUCUUAAUGGAAAGGAUCCUGAUUCUUCUUCAAAGGUUUUAGAAUUACUUCUUGCCUUCUGUUCAGUGACUCAGCUGCGCCACGUCCUCACUCAGAUGAUAUUUGAACAGUCUCCAUCUGGCAACACCAUUCUGGGAAGCCGUUCUAAAUGUUUAGAACCUACAGUGGCUCUACUUCGUUGGUCAAGCCAACCUCUGGAUGGGUCAGAAAACUGUUCUAUUUUAGCCUUGGAUUUGUUCAAGGAAAUAUUUGAGGACGUUGUAGAUACUGCUAACUGUUCCUCAGCUGACCGUUUUGUGACCCUUCUGCUGCCUACAAUCCUUGAUCAACUUCAGUUCACAGAACAAAAUCUAGAUGAAGCCUUAUUAAAAAAAAAAUGUGAAAGGAUGGUCAAGGCCACUGAAGUUUUGUUAACUCUGUGUGGAGAUGAUUCUCUAAAAAUGCAUGUUGCAAAAACUCUGACUACUAUCAAAUGUACCACUUUGAUAGAACAACAAUUUACAUACGGCAAGAUUGAUCUGGGGUUUGGAACAAAGGUAGCAGAUUCUGAAUUGUGCAAACUUGCUGCUGAUGUAGUUUUGAAAACUCUUGAUUUGAUGAACAGACUUAAACAGUUGGUUCCUGGUAUGGAAGUAAGCUUCUAUAAAAUCCUUCAGGAUCCACGCCUGAUUACUCCCUUGGCUUUUGCUUUAACAUCAGAUAAUAGAGAACAAGUACAGUCUGGACUGGGAAUAUUGUUGGAAGCUGCUCCACUGCCAGAUUUUCCUGCUUUAGUACUUGGAGAAAGUAUAGCAGCAAACAAUGCCUAUAGACAACAGGAAACAGAACAUAUGCCCAGAAGAAUGCCCUUGCAAUCUCUAAAUCACAGUCUUCCAACAUCAGUAAAAUGUUUAACUCCUCCACUUUUGAAAGCUAGAGUUCCAGGAUUGAACAUUGAGGAAUUAAUAGAGAAACUUCAGGCUGGAAUGGUGGUAAAGGAACAAAUUAAUGAUGUGAGAAUAUCUGACAUAAUGGAUGUAUAUGAGAUGAAACUGUCCACAUUAGCCUCCAAAGAAAGCAGGCUACAAGAUCUUUUGGAAGCAAAAGCUCUAGCCCUUGCACAGGCUGAUAGACUGAUUGCUCAAUAUCGCUGUCAAAGAACUCAAGCUGAGACAGAGGCACGGACACUUGCUGGUAUGUUGAGAGAAGUUGAGAGAAAAAAUGAAGAGCUUGGUGUGUUGCUAAAGGCACAGCAGGUUGAAUCAGAAAGAGCCCAGAGUGAUAUUGAGCAUCUCUUCCAACAUAAUAGGAAAUUAGAGUCUGUGGCUGAAGAACAUGAAAUACUGACAAAAUCCUACAUGGAACUUGUUCAGAGGAAUGAAACCAAUGAAAAGAAGAAUAAAGAUUUGCAGAUGACAUGUGAUUCUCUGAAUAAACAAAUUGAGACAGUGAAAAAGUUGAAUGAGUCAUUCAAGCAACAAAAUGAAAAAACUAUUGCCCAAUUAAUAGAGAAAGAAGAACAGAGAAAAGAAGUACAGAACCAACUAGUAGACAGAGAAUGUAAGCUAGCAAAUUUGCAACAAAAAACAAAAGUACAAGAAGAAAAAAUUAAAAUCUUGCAAAAAGAAAGGGAAGAUAAGGAAGAAACCAUUGAUAUCCUUAGAAAGGAAUUAAAUAGAACAGAACAGAUAAGAAAAGAACUGAGCAUUAAGGCUUCCUCACUAGAAGUUCAAAAGGCCCAAUUAGAAGGUCGUUUGGAAGAGAAAGAGUCAUUGGUGAAACUUCAGCAAGAGGAGUUGAACAAACACUCUCACAUGAUAGCAAUGAUCCAUAGUUUAAGUGGUGGAAAAAUAAGUCCAGAAACUGUGAAUCUCAGUAUAUAGAGGUUACAUAUUUAUCUUCCGGGGGAGGUGUGGUAGGGAAGGUAAUUUGUGACUCCAAAACAAUAGCAAAUUAUUAUCUAAUUAUUAAUUUAGUAAAGAAUCUGAUCUGAUAAAUAUUUUUAUUUGGUCUUAAAAGUUUUACUUAUGGUUUCUGGCUUUCAUUGCUUAAAGCUUUCUUUGGUUCUUAUAUUAGAAUAUUCUUCUUGACCUCCAUUAUUGUUUUUCUAAGGUUUUUCCCUUUUCCUUAGUUGCUUUCCACUCCCUUCUGCUUUUUAAUUUAUUCUCAUUUGUGAUUAGAUUUCAAAAUCAAACUUUCUUGAUGUAACAGUCCUAAAGAUUAAGAAAUUGAAAGUAGUUAUUAGUAUAAAAAGAGAAAGCGUGGCAUUGCCUGCAAAGUUUUUCUCUAAAUAGCACAAAAGAAUUCAGUAACUUUAAAAUAAUUUUAUUUUAAAAUGCAAUUUAAAAUUCAGUAAGAUAUAUGGUAUAAGUUCUAAAUUUGAAAAAAUGCAAUGAGUAGAGAAAUAAUGUGAAAAAAUUAGAAAAUAUCAGAUGUAUUAAAUGAAUACAUUGUCACAUUUAAAAAGUGAUAAUUUGUAGAAUUAUUUGAGAUAGCCUUAGUUUUUUAUUUUUUUUAAAAUGUACCAUGUUCUGUCCAUAUCAUUUCUAAUCAAGAAUUUCUUUUGAUUUGCACCAGGAUAACUUGGAUUCCACAAUUGCUACAUAUUCAGACAUUUAUUAUUUGUUAAUUCAAAUGUGAAUUGCAUUUAAUAUAUUGUCUUUUGUUUAAAUAGUUUUUAAUUUGGCCAUUUAAUUUUAAAGCAUAGGUUGAAUAUCCUUAUUCAUGUAUUCUUUUAAUACAAGGGAAUUUUUCAGUACUUUUCAUUUGAAUCAAAUGGUGUAAGUAGUGUUUAAGAAGAGUUUUUAUAUUAAUAUUUUAGUUGAUUUUAUUGCUAGUUUCCAACCAUUAAUUUUGCUUGGUGUUUUCUUCCCUAUUUGUAUCUUCAUGUGACUUAAGUGAACUUAGAUUUACUUCUGUUUUUCAACUAUAGUGUAUCUGAAUUUAUGUUUAGAAAUUAGACAUAUUUUCAGAAUUUGCUAAUUAUGUUAGGUAUCAAACUGUCAUAGUUUUAUUAUAUACUUGAAUACAUUUUGUAUAUUUCUGCAAAUUUUUUUGAAAAGCGUUGUACAGAGUAUCACAUUUUAGAUUGCUACUUGUUCUAUAAGGGGUUUUUUGAAAUUGCAGUCAUUUUCAAUUUUAUAUGAAAAAAUAUUUAAAUGAGUAGAUAUGACUGAAGAACAAAAGGCUUUGUAAAAUAAAACAAGAAGUUCUGAAAAAUAAAGUAAUGAACCAAAACCUAUAGGGAAAAUCAAACUAUCUAUACAAUAUAGACACUUUUAAGAAGACACUGAGCCUAGCCCACUGCUGCCCAGUAGAACUUCUUGUAAUGUUGGAAAUGUUCUAUGAUACACUGUCCAGUAUCAUAGCCUUUAGCCAUAGGUGAUUUUUGAGCACUUAAAAUAUGAUUAGUUCAACUGAAGAAUUUAGAUUUUAACUGCCAUCCUGGGGACAGUGCAGAUCUAGUCCAUUCUUGUAAGUAUGCAUUUAUAUAAAACAUUCAGUUUGCCUAUUCUUGAAGAUCUAUGUAGGCAGAGACUCCACAUAUUUGUUAGCAACCUUUUUUUUAAUACAACAAUUUUAAUGUGUCAUUCUUGAUCUCUCUAAAGAAAAAUAAAUGUACUUUAGCUUUAAAGGUGAGUACUAAUCAACAUCCCCUUCAUUUUUUUCUGUUUAUCCUAGUCUGUCUCUUACAGCAUCCUUCAUAUUGUCCCUUUUAGGCUUGUGUACCUCAGGUUAAAAUAACAAAGAGAGAGAGUGUGUGUGUGUGUGUGUGUGUGUGUGUGUUUUCUUUUUUUAAAAACUUUAAGUUUGAGCCACACCAUAGAGUUUUACAAAUGAUUUCUGUGUGUCUAUGUGUGUAUGACCAUUUCCUAAUGGAGAAAGUAGAACUAAGUAAAUGUAUCAUUAUAUUAGAAUUGUUCAAAUUCUCUAAAAAUCUUGCUAUGAAGAGUUUGUUCAAGUGUACAUUAGCACAGUUCCUUUUGCCAUUUACAUUUGCCACUUGACUAGAUACAGACUUCUCUUAAAUUGGACUGAUUGAAGUUUAUACUAAACUCUCUUUUUAAUGUCAGGGCAAAAACAAAUAAUCAUUAAAACUUAAUGCUGUGUUUUGGGGGGAAAUUGUCAGAUUAGUAUCCUUUUAUUUGUAUUUAUUUGUUUUAAAGUCUAGUUAUUUAUGUUAAGGAUGUAACAUAAGACUCUCUUGAGUUAGGACUCUUAGUUAAAUGAGAAUGUUUGACUUCCAACUUCUACCAGAGGCUCAUUCACAUAUGUUAAGGUACUUCUAAUCAAGUUAUAUUCCCUAAAACUCAUAACCUUUAAUUUGAUCUGUUUCCUCUUUUCAAAUAGUUACGAAUUGUGUUUAUGGCCUUACUUCUGAUUUACCUACUGAUGAACCAAACACAUGCCCUGUUUGUGACUUAAUUUAUAGGAGUCAGCAAACAUUUUCUAUAAAGGGCCAGAUAGUAAAUAUUUCAGGCUUUGUGAGUCAUUGUGUCUCUCUUACAACUACUUAGUUCUGCAGUGGUAGCAAGAAGCAGCCCUAGACAGUACAUAAAUAGGCAUGACUCUGUUCUAAUAAAACUUUAUUUACAGAAUCAGUCAAGGCUUUGCUAUUGGGUGUUAUAUCUUACGGAUUAAUUGGCCCUUUUAUCAUUAAGAAAGAUGUCUUUAUCUCAGUAAACUUUAUCUUGAGGUCUGAGGUCUUUUUAAAUUGGUAUAUGAAUAUAGCCACUCCAGCCUUUUUAUGUUUUCUGUUGUCCUCGUAUAUAUUUUUCUAUCCAUUUACUUUUAACCUGUGUCGUUAUAUAUAAAUUUGCAACUGUAAAUAAUAUAUAGUUUGGUCUUGCUUUUUUUUUAAAUCUAUCUUGACAAUCACUUCACAAUCCACUUAGAGUCAAUAUUAUACUAGUUAGUAUAAAAUGUAGACGCCCCGUAACUGUCUUGGUCCUUUUAUGUUCUCAUCCUUCAUGUUAUAGCUGACAUAUAUAUCUAU